UUUUUGUGUGAUUUGUAUAGUGUAUAGGCCUUAAUACAAUAGUAUUUAAAUUUGCAAUAUUAAAAGGUAUAACAUUGAAAUGCAUGCUAGUUUUGUGUAAUUAUUAAAUGCAUGAUCUUUACUUAACACACACACAGUCUUGCUCUUUCAUAAAUAAACAUGUCUCGUAUUAGCAAUCUCGAUAUCCGUGGUGUGAUUUCGACGCUUUUGAGAGAAAAUAAUUAUUCGAGAUUUGAUGCGCUUGCAUUUUUUCUUGUUUCCUUCGACUCAGAAUACGUUUUCUAUUAAAAAUGUGCAGAUUUUUCAUGAGUAUAACAAGAAACAUUCUACUAGUCUUCUUAGCUCUCUAUCUAUAAUUUCAGGAUGAUGCUUUUUCCCCAUGAAUAUUUUUUUCUAGUUUUGUAGACUUCAAAAAAAUGCAUUGAAUCGCAUGUUUAAUGUCCGGAUAAAAAUAGCUUAUUACUACAAAAUGGCCUGCUCUGUGAUAUCUGGACAACUGUAAUGAUUAAAUAGUCGUCAAAUUGCUAAUUUGGCUGCUUCCAGUUGUUGCGUUGUUUCUCACUUAAUUUUAGUAUAUUUCUCACUAUUGAAAAAUCAAAAGUCAAAUGGAAAUUGAGAAAACAUAAUAUAUGCAGGCGCAUUAAUAACUCGAAGAGGAAUGCCGCAAUUAUUUUUGAAAGCUUCUGACUUACUUUUUUAUUUUGUUCUAUUUUAGUUUUUAAGUAUAGCUAGCAUGGUGAUGCGUAUAUUAAACUUAAUUGCCCUGAUUAUUCUAUUGGCACACUGGAAUGGCUGUCUCCAAUUUAUGAUUCCAAUGUUACAAAGUUUCCCCGCAGAUUGUUGGGUAGCGCUCAAUGGCCUGCAGCAAUCUCCUUGGACAGAACAGUACACUGUUGCCUUAUUUAAAGCCCUUUCGCAUAUGCUGUGUAUCGGCUACGGUCGAUAUCCGCCUCAGAGCUAUGUUGAUAUGUGGUUAACAAUGUUAAGUAUGGUUACCGGUGCAAUGUGUUAUGCAAUUACAAUCGGACAUGUAUCAGCUCUUUUCAAACAAGUUGAAGAAUACAUGGCAUGGCGUAAAUUACCGCGUGAGAUGCGAAAUCGUAUAUCCGACUAUUAUGAACAUCGUUAUCAAGGAAAAAUAUUCCACGAAGAAUCAAUUCUUGCAGAAUUAUCUGAACGAUUAAGACUAGAUGUUGUCAACUACAACUGUCGUGCAUUAGUAUCAUCCGUACCAUUUUUUGCUAAUGCUGAUCCUAAUUUUGUCUCAGACGUUGUUACUAAACUUCGUUUUGAAGUUAAUCAACCCGGUGAUUUGAUUAUUGUUGAAGGAACUAUUGGAGAUAAAAUGUAUUUUAUUCAGGAAGGAAUAGUUGAUAUUAUCAAAUCAGAUGGAGAAGUGCUCACAACACUCUCGGAUGGAUCGUAUUUUGGCGAAAUUUGUUUAUUAACACGAGCGAAACGCGUUGCAAGUGUUCGCUGUGUAACCUAUUGCAAUUUAUACUCAUUGCAUUCAGAUCAGUUUCAUAGUGUUCUUGAAUGCUAUCCAUUGAUGCGUCGUACCAUGGAAUCGGUGGCUGCUGAACGUUUGAAUAAACUCGGAAAAAAUCCAUCAAUCAUAUCAAAUCGUCAUGAUCUCAAACGUGAUGCAGAAGCGAUUAAAGACAUUAUUGCACGCGCCACUCCUCAGCCAUCGUCAGAUGAAGAAGAAGAUGAUGAUGAUCAUCAGGAUCACUCUCAUCAUGAAGAUCAUAGUCACACAUCAACAAUUCAUCGAACACUAUCGACUUACUUUUUACAAGAUCGAAACCGUCAGGAUACACAAUUUGAUGAACCAAAAUUAUCAUCGAAUAAAAAUAAAUCGUCACAUCGUAGUAAACUAUUUCUCGCACCAGCACAAAUGUUUAGUGAAAAACUAAAAAAAUCGCCAUCAACACCUUGGGGUUUAUUUCGCAAAGGUGCGCACAUAACGGAUAGUCCAAAGCAGACUGCCACACGCACCAGUGAUUCAACUCCCGCACAUGAAGCCAGUUUUUAA